AUAGUUUGUGUCAGAUUGCUCCAUUAUUUUCCAGCUGAGCGAUUCAUUGACACCCUAUCAUGGGCCUAUCACUAGCGUCUUGGCUGCAUAUUUUUGGAUGAAAUUCUAAACUAAUCUAAAUCACAAGCAAAUACCUCUGAAAUGCACAUCGCGGGUCAAUUCUUCGGAGAGCUUUCAACAUCUUUACCACUAUUAUGAGUAAUAGUAACGUUUGGCUUAGUGUCUUCUUGCCUGCUUCUGUAUGCAUCGCCUUUGUGAUAUGGAGUGUUCUGCUUUGUUUGUAUUUUGGUAUGAAAAGCGCAAAAGGAACGCAUAAUUUGGAUAAAGAGCAGUCAUCCGUCUUAAAAAGGCGUAGAAAAGCCUACUUAAGAAAAAUCUUCGAAAAAAUAAAGGGGGCAUGUAAAGGAAAGAAGUCCCGUUUGAUGACAGAUACAAGUAAAGAAUCUGGCUCUUUCUCGACCUCAAGCGAGAUGCAAAAGAACAAGACCCAAACUCGCCUCAGCAUGUACCCAAGCUACUUUAGAAGGCCUCUUGACACGAAAGAGAUGAUGACAGGGGACGCGGACAGGGAACCUAACGUCAUAAUCGAAGGGACGAUGUGGUCUUACACGCCAGCCUUGUUUUUACAUUAUGCCACCUUUAGGGGAUAAGUAAGCUGUGAAAGAGGAACUUUAUCAACUUUAGAAAUAUUAGGAUAUAAGAUGGAUCCCAUUAGGUGAAUCACUUUACUCAUAACAUACGAAGACACAGAGCUAAGAGACAUGCUUCUCUUCCUUUGCGUUGUCGUUUUCCCUCUAACUUCGGCCAUUCAGAAAACAAGGAACUCCAUGUUUGGCCACUCGCUCCUUGCAUCUCCCUACGACGAGACGGGUGUUGGAGAGCUUUGGGAAUGCUACAAACUCUGCUAUGACGACAAAGAAAACUGCGCCAGCAUCAAUUACGACAUGAAAAAAAGGAGAUGCAAACGUAUGAAGUUUUCACACAUAAACCUGCCUCGCAAACUCGUGAAAAUGGACAACUCUGUUUACGCGGAUAUAAGAGAUGGUUGUGCCAACAAACCCCAUCCUCUGGGGAUGGAAGAUGGCAGUAUUCCAGACUCAAGUAUCACGGCUUCAUCAACUUGGCACACCCCUGGGCACGAUUCUCACCACGCGCGCCUAAAUAACCAACCUGUGGCAGGACAACACAAAGGCGCGUGGGCAGCCGCGGGAGGCAACAAAGGCGAAUAUCUACAGGUGGACCUGGGCCGAGUCACGUGGGUUACCCAUGUAGCAACGCAGGGGCGCCCAACCUCUAACAGCCAAUGGGUGACCGAGUACACUGUGGAGUACAGUUUGAGGGGAGAUCAGGGGCAGAGUUACCAAGACGAGAAUGGCGUGAUUAAGGUGUUCCCUGGAAACUCAGAUCAGACCACUGUGGUGAAGCACGAGUUCUCCCCUGUCAUCAAAGCGCGUUACGUCAGGAUUGUAGCACAGGCUUGUAUAGGAAAUAUCUGCAUAAGAGCUGAACUGUACGGAUAUGCUGUCUGUUAGGGUUUAGUGUCGUUUUUGUCCACAUUUCAAUCUUUCAAUGUUUUUGCUUAAAAUGAAAAAGCCCAAUAAAGUCGUUUGGAAGGUGGCCCACGUACAUCGCGAUUGCAAACUAAAUACUAGACAAGACCAACUUACCAGAAACACAAGUGGUUUGACUUAAAACCAGAAAAAUACACUGUUGUGUACUUGUAACCAUUUUUUCAAGCUUGAGAGAUAAUAGUUUUCAUUCUAGAAAAAAUUCUAGGAAAUAUUCGAAAGAGCCCACUUCAGAAAAAGGAUGGAACUUGAUUUUGAUAUAUAGAAAUAACGUUUAAUUAUUUAUGUCAAUGGUAGCGAUCACUUUUUGAACACACAAAAUUACCUAAAAUUACCCAAAAUUAUUAAUAAGAGAGAGUUCCAAUAAAAGAGAAUAAAUACCAAAA